GUGACCCGGCAGAGGGAGCAGGUGGUUCAUGGUCACAUGAUGUUGUUAGCCGAGGCUGAGGAGCAGCAACAUCUGAGCUGAAUCACAUCACUCCCUACGUAGAAAGGCGCCUGCAGCUGACACACCCCCAACCAUCAGGCAGAAUGUCGUAUGGGUCUAUUGACGGAGACUCCUUUGGCAGUCGCAACCCAUUUGGAGGUCCCACGAGGCAGGGCUACCAGCCAGUAGCCACGCAGGUCAGCCCCUCAGAACUGCAAGAUGUGUUUCAGGAGACCUCCUCCAAUAUCUUCCAGAUCAACGCCAACGUUGUCACACUAGAGAAGAAUCUUCAAUCACUGGGAACAUCUAGAGAUACGGCAGAGCUACGACAGAGUCUACACUCCAUCCAGCAGCAAACCAACAAAGUCAUCACCAGCACAAGCCAACUCAUCAAACAGCUCUCUGAUAUAAUCAGUGGCUCUUCACGGCAAGACCGUCUGCACCUGACCAGACUAAAGACUGAACUCUCAGAAUCUGUGCAGCGCUAUGGGGAUCUGCAGAAGAAAAUUGCAGAGCGCUCAAGGGCCUUGCUCCCUCCAGCACAGACAGACAAGAAUAAGAGUCCUCAGACCCCAUUCACUGAGCAGAUGGAGGAGGGUCCGCUGUUUGGAGAAGCAGUAGGCUCCAAGGGAGGGGCUCAGGCUUUCCUGUCAGAGAUCAGUGAGGAGGACGUGGAGGCGCUUCGCCAAAGAGAGGAGGCCCUGCUGCACAUCGAAAGAGACAUGCUGGACAUCAGUCAAAUUAUGAAGGAUCUGGCCAGCAUGGUCCAUGAACAGGGCGACACCAUAGACAGCAUUGAAGAUUACAUCCAGACUACAUCAUCCAACGUUGAAUCAGCCAAUCAGGAGCUUGCAAAAGCCAACCAAUACCAGAGGCAGCUGAGGAAGAGGAAGUGCUACCUGCUGGUGGCCGGAGGCAUCGUUCUCAUCGUUCUCAUCAUCAUCAUUGCUGUUUCAGCGAGGAAAUGAGACCGGCCACUGUGGUAGCUGCUGUCAUUACCAGCAGUGGCACCGCGGCGCUCCGGCCCGGUCUGAUCCCUGACCCGAGCAGCUGGUUUCCAGUAGGACGGAGCUGCCCUGCAACAACGUCUAUCCUCCAUCAUCCAUGUCUCUGUUCACAACAGCCUGGGGGCCGAGGCCUUUACAAAAUUUGUCAAUGGGGAACCCCGGUCAAGGACCCUCAUGUAGUCCUUUUAUUUAUUUUUCGUUGCUGUUACUGUUAGUGUGUCUCAAAUUGGAUACUUGAGUGAGUGCACUUACAUGUAGUGCAAUGUGAACUUGUACAGUGUGUACAUUUCCACAGGAAAGUGUCUCAAAUCGCACACUGACCGGGAAUUACUCUUUUUCUUCAGUUUAAUGGUAGUCUCACAAUGCCAGACCUUCCUCCACACCUAGUACACAGAUAGUCUAGCUAGCUGUCUGGAUUUACCCUGCAGAGACCUGAGGACCAGGUAACCAUAGUCCUCAGAUGGGACAGAUAGUCUAGCUAGCUGUCUGGAUUUACCCUGCAGAGAUCUGAGGACCAGGUAACCAUAGUCCUCAGAUUGGACAGAUAGUCUAGCUAGCUGUCUGGAUUUACCCUGCAGAGAUCUGAGGACCAGGUAACCAUAGUCCUCAGAUUGGACAGAUAGUCUAGCUAGCUGUCUGGAUUUACCCUGCAGAGAUCUGAGGACCAGGUAACUAUAGUCCUCAGAAAUCAAAUUUAGAAUGCCAACACAGAGACAGAGGAAGGGGACGGACAUCUGGCCAAAUUUCCAGCGGUAUGGGACCAAUCCCGGAAGUGGAACAUCUUGGAUAUACACUAGUUUAAUGAUUAAUUGCAGCUGGGAGGAUCUUUAGCGUCACCUUUUGUCGUCCUCCCGUCUUGUUUUCUCACUAAGUGACAGUAUAGUAGUACAUAUAGGAAGAAAACGUGUAUAUUACAUUAGGGUUAGGGUUAGUUCAGCUGCUGCAUCCUCCCCCACCACUUGUGCAAGUCUAGCCUAAAGGUGGCAUCUGUUGAGUGUGAGUAGUGUCCAGCAAUCCACACUCACACAUCCGGGUACUGGUAGUGAUGGCCGAAUAAAGCUUCGUGAACCAGUGUCUCAUUUUUCUGAGCCCACUAGAUGACACUCUCUGUUCAACAAUUGGUUGAGAAUAUAGUGAACUGCAAUGCCUCCGGCCUUUCUCUUAAACCCAAGAGCGUCAUCUUGUAUGCUCAGAAAAUAAAGACACUGGCUCACAAAGCUUCAUUUGGCCAUCACUAGGUACUGGCAUGUGCACUGCAUGUGGCCACAUGUGUAAAUGUUCUCAAAAGAGCAAGUUUAAGUACAGAAGUGCGCGAUUUGAGAUACAUCAUGAGCCUCAAAUAUUAUCAUCAAAGCUGAAGUCAUAUUUGUGAAUUUAGGGAUUACUUCCGAAGCCCAAGCCGGGUUGUUUCCGGUCUUGGCUGUCCCCGGUGGAGGGUUUCUGGUGGAUAUGACAGACCUUCAGCUCCUAACUGUGCUGUUUUAUCAGAAAACCCAGAGGAAGGUGGAGAAGGAGUUUAGGGUGAGACCAGGCAGCUUCACUGCUGUCCUGUAUGCGCUGUAUCUUUUAUGUAUUUCUACUGAAAUUGUUUAUUUAUCAGCUUGUAGUGUAAUUUAUUCAGUAAUAUAUUAUAGCCUUUGUUGGUAAGUAUUGUUUGACUGAAUACAUCUUCCAGAAUAAAAGUUUUAAGUCCAAAAGCAA